GGAGGAGGGGUGAGGUGACGCAGGCGUAAUAAUAGAGAAGGUGCCAGAAAGAUCCAAAACAAGUGGCUGCGGCUGUCUCCCGGGAGUCGUCGGAGGCCAGAGUCCGGCCCGGGUUCCAAGCUUGUUCCCGCCGCCUCCCCCGGGUAUGGCGCUGCCCGGGCCGACCCCGGCCCCGGGCUGGGAAGAGGAUGAGUGUCUGGACUACUACGGGAUGCUGUCGCUGCACCGCAUGUUCGAGGUGGUGGGCGGGCAGCUGACUGAGUGCGAGCUGGAGCUGCUGGCUUUUCUGCUGGACGAGGCUCCUGGCGCUGCCGGCGGCCUGGCCCGCGCGCGCAGUGGCCUGGAGCUGCUGCUGGAGCUGGAGCGCCGCGGCCAGUGCGACGAGAGCGACCUGCGACUGCUGAGGCAACUCCUGCGCGUGCUGGCCCGCCACGACCUGCUGCCGCACCUGGCACGCAAGAGGCGCCGACCAGUGUCUCCAGAACGAUACAGCUGCGGCACCUCCAGUUCUUCAAAGAGGGCAGAGGGCAGCUGCUGUCGUCGCCGCCACCAGUCAAACAGUUCUUCACAUUCUCAGCAGGGCCAGUGGGAGACAGGCUCCCCCCCAACCAAGCGGCAGCGGCGGAGUCGGGGCCGGCCCAGUGGUGGUGCCAGGCGGCGGCGGAGAGGGGCGCCAGCCGCCCCCCAGCAGCAGCAGGAGCCAGCCAGGCCCACCUCAGAAGGCAAAGUGACCUGUGCUUUUUCCUCUGGAAAAUAUCCAGAAGCAUUGUAUAAUCAACCCCCAUGUCCCCAUCACCAUGCUUCAAUCAACUGUCAACUCAGGGCUGAUCUUGUUUCAUUGGCCGUGUUUUGGAAUCAUUAUUUUGGAGUCAAUUUCAGACGGCCUCUUAUUUCAUCCGUAGAUUGUCACUAUGUAUUACUAACACAUAAAAACUCUUGGAAAAAAACAAAACAACCGGUAUCACACCAAAAAAAAUGAGUAAUUCGUUACUAUCAAAUAUCUAAUCAAUGCUGAAAUUGUCUCAUAGACAUCGUCUCUACGUCUCUCCUGAUCUGUGGAGUUCCCCCACUCUCUUUUCUUGGCUUUUUCUCCUUUGCAUUGUCACUGUAUCUCUUGAGUCCUGUAGAGUUGCCCAAAGACUGGAUUUUGCUGAUUGUGUCCUGUGGUAGGAUUGACUGAACGUGUUACCCUGGCUGCCUCUGUCUUUCCUGAAAAUUGGUAGCUGGAUCUGUAGAGCUUUGAUCAGAUUCAGCUGUGAUGUUUUAUUUUGUUGUUGUUUUCCGAGAUCACUUCCUAGAAAGUACUCUCUUCUUCCAUUAGGAAGCAUGCAGUGUUGGCUUAGCUUCCUCUGUCGUUUGCGGCAGUGUCUCCUCACUGCCUCAGUCCCUUAGUUCAGUAGAGGAAGAACUUACGUUUGACACGAUGACUGUGGCUGGUCAUGGGGAAGAGACAGGGAGCAAGGCAAGAGUGGAGGCAGGAGGCUGGGGAGGAAGGGGCUCCCACAGGGGCCCAGAGAAGGGUGGCAGCUGGCCCCAGGGUGGCAGUGGAGGAGCAGAAUUCUUUCCGUGGAAGCACACGCUGCUCUCAACCCAGGGCUGGAAACUCCCCAUCAGUGCUGUGGGGAGCACGGUUGCUCCUUGUCCCCAGCCCAUCUUACUAGGAAGUUCUGGAGGGCGGAACUGAGUGAGGUUCAUCGCUGGGUCCCUGGCCACCCCCAGCACAGGAUCUGACACACAAGGUUGCUCAUCAGGCCCAGCGCCUGCUCCUUCAUACCUUGCUCAUGGUCCCUGUAAGAACGGCUUAGGGGAGGUGUCUGACCUCCUCCAACCCCACAAGGGGGAAGGAGAACCACGACCAGCAGCCCAAGGCUGAUUCCUAUGAGGCAGAGGUCAGACACGCCUCUUCUCGCCACCAUCUUUACCAAUUCUGACAGCAGCCGUCCCCCCAACAGCACUCUCUAUUUCUCUGUUGGGUUCGAUAAUUCAUUGCGAUGGCCACACUGAACUCAAAAUUAUGGGAUUUACUAGGGAAGUAGUAGUUAACGAUUCAGGCUCAAGAACACUCGGGAUAUAGUUCU